UGACGUCAGAUCCAUAGACCGUUUUUCUCUGUUGAAAUCUGGCAACACGGCGAGACGGAGCUAGUCGAACAUGUUUGUUCUAACAGCGACUGAUCGACACACUCAAUGUGAUUAUAAUGUCUGACGUGCAAUUCAGAUGGACGGUUUUAGCAUACUGGCUUUAAUACCACAGAUUAAUUGAAAUAGGGGAUAAUUUGUAGUAGAAGCGAGGUAUCUGCAGCCUCGCAGGAAAUGUUGGGAAGCCAAGGGAUACAACCGGUCACGCUAGUCUUCAAUAACUCCAAGAACUGCUUUCUUCAGCUGUCAUCAAACUUCGCCACUCAUCUCUGUCUUCAUGAGAACCAGAUCCUGGAGCUGUCAUGGGGUGUUUCUGCACCCGUGUUCCUCAGCUGGAUCAGGUCCAGGUCUUCAGGUCCAGAGGACAGAGUUGAGAUCUGCAGACAACUGGGAGAGAAACUUGGGCUCAAGGAGGGAGAACAGGGGUAUCUGCGGCCGUGUCAUCAGGUGCAGUCAGUGCAGCAGGUGUUCGUAGAGCCUCUGUCUCCAGAUGACUGGGAGAUCCUGGCGCUGCACAGCAUGGCUCUGGAGCAGCGACUCUUGGAUCAGAUCCGAGUGGUCUUCAGUGAGGGUGUUUUUCCUGUGUGGGUGGACCAGCACACUGUCAUCUAUAUCAGGAUAGCAUCUCUCUCUCCAUCUGUUCCUUUCGGCCGACUGGAUCAGUUCACUGAGCUUGUUGUCUUCUCAAAACUACAUCCAGGAGGUGAACAAUUGCUCCACACUCGAUCAGAAGAGCCAAGCCAAUAUCUGCAACACCAGAGCACUGAUGUCACGUCUUCCCCCAGCUCAGUUGUCCAUCAGGAUCCCCUCAGUGAUCAUCUGGAGAGUCAGAGUGAAGGCCACUGGGGAGGAAUAGCUGAUCUGAAAAGCCUGGUUAGAUACCUGUUUACAAGAGGAUUUGAGCCUGCAAAAGAGAAUGUCACAGUUCCCACAAUUCCCACCAUCCUGAAAGACUGUAUCCUCCGGACCUGUGGAACCCCUCCUAGGUCUGUCAGCCAUCUAGGCUCAUGUCACGGAGAUGUCCAUAUACUGCCAUGGAACCUGCAAGAGAACUGGAAUCCAGGGCAGUCUGCACUAACAUACGGCAGGCUUUCAAAAAUCCUUUCUCCUAAAGAACUCAGGGAGAAAGUCAAGCAGGCCAUGGAGAAGAAGAAGAUCAGAGAUGGACCUCACAAAUGGAACGACACAGAGGAACAUAAGGAGAACGUUGUUGUGGUCAGAAUGCUUUGUCACAACAUAAAAAGGCUGCAGGAGGACCAGAAAUUCAAUAAAUGUGAAGACAUUUACUCUGGUAGAGUUUGGAUCCCAAAGGUACUGCAGAGGCGUUUGAAGAUAGACCCUCGAUCAGCUGUGAGGAUUCAGCCUUUGAAAUCAAUGCCAAGAGUUGCAGAAGCAGUCAUGGUGCAGCCAUUAAAACCGUUGGCAGAGGGUGAAAAAGAAGAAGAUAUUCAGACUGCAUUCCUCAACUGGUUACAUGCUCAGAGCCAUCAGCCUUUGACCUGUCUGACAGGCCGCACUAACGUCAUUCUCUUACCCUGUGCUGAAGGAAAAGAAGAGUUUGUCUUGACUGUGCUAAAACCAGAGCAACAGCAAGAGGAUGAAAUGUUCUUUCUAUCAACCAGUUUACUAAAGAAAACAAAUGUGCAGAUUGUCAGAGAGCCACAUGAUUCUGACCACAACGGCUCUGAUAAUGAUAAGGAAGAUCCACAUCUUGGCUUUCCCUCCCUCAGCUCUCUUGGUGGGGUAGAGGACAUCAGCAGGUCGGCUUUCGAGCACAUCUCUCACGCUCUAAUGGGAGGUCCUCUCUCGCGUGAACUGGUUUCCACAGGACGGGGACUGAGGGGCGGAGCUCUGCUCAUCACAGGUGCAAAGGGCAGUGGUAAAUCUUCUCUCUCCAGAGCACUGUGUCGAAAGGCCAGUGAACAGCUGGAUGCCCAUGUUCAAGUUGUGUACUGUAAGACACUGAAAGGUAAGAGAGCAGACACAAUCAGACAGAGGUUGGAAGAGGUUUUUGAGCAGGCGGUCUGGAGACAGCCCUCAGUGGUCCUGCUGGAUGACCUGGAUCACGUGACCGGUGCCGCAACCUCACCUGAGCACGAGCAUGGGCCAGAGGCAGUACUGCGGCAGCACAUCGCACAGAGUCUGAGGGAUUUGGUGGAUGAGAUGGUGGUGUGCUCCAGUCUCGUAGCUCUGAUGGUCACAGCACAGAGUGAACAUGCCCUUCAUCAGACUCUGACUGCAGUGCAGGGUUCACACUUCUUCCAAGGUUUCUGCAAGAUCCAAACACCAGAUCAGGCUCAGAGGGUUGAGAUUCUAAGGUCUUUAAUAGCCAAAAAGAACUUCCAGGACUGUCAAACUACUCUUGACCUAGACAGUGUUGCCAGAGAAACAGAAGGAUUCAUGCCACAAGACCUGAACCUGCUGCUCGAGAGGGCCAUCCAUGCCAACACUCUACACAGCAGGAGCAAUGGCAGCUCUGAAGAUCUGAACUAUAAGGACUUCAGACAGGCCCUUCAGGGCUUCACCCCACCCUCCCUCUGGGGGGCUCAGCUGCAGACUCCCAGCGGGGCCGGCAUGGAGCGUAUCGGGGGACUUCAUCAGGCACGUCAGCUCCUGAUGGACAUCAUACUGCUGCCAGCUAAGUACCCGCUGCUCUUCUCCAGUCUGCCCUUGCGUCAGUGCUCUGGUGUGCUGCUCUAUGGAGCUCCUGGCACAGGCAAGACGCUGCUGGCUGGAGCUGUUGCCAAAGAGAGCGGCAUGAACUUCAUCAGCAUCAAGGGUCCUGAACUCCUCAGCAAGUAUAUUGGUGCCAGUGAGCAGGCGGUUAGAGAUGUGUUUCAGAGGGCUCAACAAGCUAAACCUUGCAUACUGUUCUUUGAUGAGUUUGACUCUCUGGCCCCUCGAAGGGGUCAUGACAACACAGGGGUAACUGACCGUGUGGUUAAUCAGCUGCUUACUCAGCUGGAUGGAGUGGAAGGACUGACAGGGGUGUAUGUGUUGGCUGCCACCAGCCGUCCUGACCUGAUUGAUCCUGCUCUUUUGAGACCCGGGAGACUGGACAAAUCUCUCUACUGCCCUCCUCCUGAUCGGGAGGCCCGGCUGGAGAUCCUGAAGGCUUUGACUCAUUUUGUGCCACUGGCUGCAGAUGUGGACUUGGAGCAGAUUGCUGUGGCAACAGAGCUGUUCACUGGAGCUGACCUAAAGGCCCUUCUCUAUAACGCUCAGCUAGAGGCGAUCCACAGCAGCCUGGGGCCCAACAUUCUCCAUGUGUGUUACACACAAACUCAAACAUGCACACAUACAGAUAAAACCCUAACCCCAAGAUUACUAGCUAACCUAUAUGGAUUUUUCAGUGGCUGUGAUGAAUCAUCUCUAGUGCAGACUGGCCCCAGUAAGCCUGGCUCUGUCAUAUGCCAAACUCACCUGAUCUCUGCUUUGGCUAACACUCGAGCAUCUGUCAGCAGAGAAGACUGGAGGAGAUACACUGAACUAUAUGAGUCUUAUGGAGCCUCAAAGGAAGGCAAGUCUCAGAGCACUGCUUCGUUUAAAGCAGGUCAGCGGGUGACAUUGGCUUAA